ACGCAGCUUUAAAGUGAUAAUUAACAAUACCACGAACAACUGUGGAAAUUUUUACUGCUCAUCCUAUAUUUAUAUCAAUGACAAACCCCGUUGAAUUCAGUUGUGUGAGUCCAACGGCUGGGGGCUGUAAAGUGACAUCCUGAAUUUGAGAAUAAACUCUCAGUCUCAGUGUGUGUCUGAGAUCAGCCUCUGUAUUUUAACGGCAGUUGCUGCUUUGAAGUCAUCUUCCUGCUCUGAGGUGAAGAACACACGCUGAGGCUGUCCACAAACCCUACAAAGAAAACAGAGGAAAUAGGAGGAGUACGUUAUGACUGAGCUUUGUUAUAUCUCAGUAGUUUACACCUGAAAAGGCCAUGAGGAUGAUUUUACCAUGUCUUCUGUUUUUCAUCCAACUCUUUGAAGUCUACACAGAGGUGAUCUUUCAGCGUCUGACUCAGAGCCAGUCACUGGAGCUCUCCUGUUCACCCCCGCUGCAUCAUGGGAACCCGUCAGGCCUCCACCUGUACCACCGCAGCGCCCAGAGCCAGACCACUCUGCUGUCCAUGGAGGACGGGGGGGAGCUGAGGGUGGGAGCAAAGCACAGGAGCCGUCUGCGUCUGUGUGGAGGACUGGACUCCCUGCAGAUCAACGCGACCAUAACGCACUUAGAGUGCAGUGACACAGGGCUCUACAUGUGGGAGCUGAGUUACACUGAGGAAGACCACUCCCACCAGACCCUUGUCUGUGACCGAAAACUAUUUUUACUGGUUGAAGGGACAGGGACAUGUCAGUGUUCUCAUCUUUACCCUCCACUGCUCUGGACCAUCUUUAUUGCCGUGGGGCUUCUUCUGCUACUGCUGAUCUGGUUGGCCGUCGAUAAAUGUGUGAAGGUGAAAGACAAUCAUAAACCACAGCCUCCUGUUCCGAUCUAUGAGGAAAUGACCAGGAAGCAGCAGAGUACCGGGAUCUCCCAAAAUACCCUGGAGGCCCCCUCACACCCACAGGAACCUGACUUCCCUGUGUACGCCAACCCUAACUUUAGACAACCCCAGGACAACUACUACGCCUGUCCAAGACAGCUGGCCCUCCGAGCCACUUGACAUCUGGCAGUGAACCAACGGUGGCAGCAAACAGGAAGUCACACCAGAUUGACUGUAAAAAACAUCUGAGGUGACUUCAGAGUUCAGUUUGGUAAAAUAAAAUGGACAAAAAGACAAACAACACAUAACAAAACGACAGAUUUUUAACAGCCAAGAAAAAAAAUGCUAUUUUAUUAAUAUUUGAAAGAAGCUCCAUAGUUCAUGAAAACAUUUGUUUCGGUGCAUGUCAUUUAACAAUCACAUUCUAUGAGGAGAAAGAGAUAUACAGAGAGAAAAAAAUAAAACAUUACAAGCCACUGACUUUUCAUUAAAUCUCAGUACUGACAUUUUACUUAAUAUUUCAAAAACAAAAAAAAAAAAGGCAAAAAAAACAAACAAAAAAAAAAACAAGCAGCCCUAGUCCCAUAUACCCCACCCUCCGAUAUCCCCACAAAAACCAAAAAAAAAAAAAAAAAAAAAAAAAAAGAGAAAAAACCCUUGAGGGUGACAGGCUAGAAUCCCACAGUGCUAAAGAGUGAGACGCUCAUUGGUUUUAGGAAUACACAGCAUGGCGAUGUAGCGCUAGGUCGAUCUGAAUCAGGGGAAGGAAGCUGGAGGCGGAGGGCUCGGCUCAGCUCUCCAACUCCCUCCACCCCCGUAUCAAAACAAAACAAAAAAAA